AUGGGACGCGGCGGCGCGGUGACAACGCGCUGUGCCGCAGACCCCUUUGCUGAUGCAAGUAAGGGUGAUGACCUGCUCCCUGCCGGCACUGAGGACUACAUCCAUAUAAGGAUCCAGCAGCGCAACGGCAGGAAGACCCUCACCACCGUCCAGGGCAUCGCGGAUGACUACGAUAAAAAGAAGCUGGUGAAAGCCUUCAAGAAGAAAUUUGCCUGCAAUGGUACUGUGAUUGAACACCCUGAAUAUGGAGAAGUGAUUCAGCUGCAGGGCGACCAGCGCAAGAACAUCUGCCAGUUCCUCGUGGAGAUUGGACUGGCUAAAGACGACCAGCUGAAAGUCCAUGGGUUUUAAGUGCCUGUGGGUCACUGGAGCUUUAUGCAAGAAGACUUCCUUACCAUGAAAAUCCCAUCUGUCCCUUGUCAUAAGUUUAAAACCAGCGGGUUUGUGUAAUGUAACAACCUUGGGUCCACUGUUCAGUCUGGACUAGUGUAACGCAGUGAUGUAAUAAACUGACACGAGCCCAUGCUA